UUGGUUUGUUAUAUAUAGGACCUGAAAAUGGAAAGCUACCGUCAGGAUAAAAUACAGAAAUUUGAGGAAUUUGUCGAUCGUCGUUUGAAACCCGAUCUUGUUAGAGCUAUUGCUGAACGGGACAAGGUCUUCGAGCAACAAAAGACUUUGUAUCCUUCCCUAUUAGUCAUCUUUUAAUUAAAAUUCUAUAAUGUUUUGCUUUAAUUUGAUCUCCUCAAUUAUGAGAAUUGUGCUGCUUAAAUUUUGAUGUGAUAAGAGGAACAUUAUGAGCAACGGUUUUGUUUCUUAGGCGUUUUAAUACCUUAUUUUUUGUGAUUGGAAGGUCACAGUUUCUAUUAAAAACAGGAGAUGGCUUUUACAUUCAUGGCCAGAUCUCAGUCCUUGAAAAGUGAGGGGCCUUGUGCACUUGAGACAUCUUUAUUUUGGUUCCUCAAAACCAACCAAAGAUGCAGGACCUAAGGCACUAAUGCUUCUACAAAAUGACUAUAAUUAAUGGACUUAUAUGUUUUGUUUUUCCUUUCAUUCUUUUUAAUUGUUAUAAUUUCUGGUGGCGAGAAACUAUUUUUUCGCUUGUUCUUCCUUUUUCUAAACUUAGGCUAGGGUUGCAAAUGACUUCAUCUAUUUAUCAACAUUUACUUGACUUUGUUUCUAGCUCAGAUUUGCGGAAAAACAUAGAAAAUUUAGAGAAAAAUAGUGUGACCAGACUUCGGACAUUGAUUAACCUUGGCUCUGAAGUAUACAUGCAAGCUGAUGUACCAGAUACACAACGCAUAUUUGUGGACGUUGGAUUAGGAUUUCAUGUGGAGUUUACCUGGUCUGAAGCAUUGAAUUACAUAUCACAAAGGGAGGAAAAGAUAGCCAGGCAAAUAGAGGAGUACACUAACCAAAUUGCAUCAAUUAAAGCUCAGAUCAAGCUGGUUUGUGAAGGGAUUCGUGAGUUGCUCCAACUUCCAGCUGAGAAACCUUUACCAGGACAUGUUUUCUAACAUUUACCAGUUAAAUUUAUGCUGUAAUCCCUUCCCUUUAUUGCAUAAUCUGCAUGUUUCAUAGGAAGAGGUGGCUGAGAGAGUAAAUUGAAGGAGACAAUGACUUGUGUAAAGGAUAAUGACGACAUAUAUAUGAAGCUCCAUUGAUUUUGACA